AGGAAGUGCGUUCCUGCCGAAACGGUGGCGUGUGUGUUGUGGGCCCUAGCUAGCUAUACCUGGCUCUCACGCAAUUAUACUUCACGAAAGCCAACAGUGGAUGUCAGUCUUCCAUAUUACAUGUAGAUAACUGACACUUUGACAACCUGCGGUCUGAUAAUGGGAGCGAACAGCAGUACCCGCCGCGUGUCGUUUGAGUCAGAUGAGAACGAGAACAUAUCAGUGGUGAAGGGCAUACGGCUUUCUGAGAAUGUCAUCAACCGCAUGAGGGAACCUGAUGCUCCUCCUAAACUCCAACAUGCUCCCUCUCCACCCACCCUCACUCCUUCUCCUCUCCUGAGGCCAGUUCCUCCCCUCUUUGAUCCCAUCACCUCCUUGCCUCCUCCCCCUCCUCUUGUCGAACCCGUUGCACCUCCAGCUCCUCCUCCACCAGCUCCGUCUGCCACAGAGACUGUGGCUGCACCUCCACCACCUCCUAAGAAACAGCCCCCGGUGGACCCAGUAUCCCUCGCUCCUGUCCCUGAGCCAGUGGUAGUGCCUGAAUCAGUUUCGGUCCCACCACCACCUGCUGCAGCAGCCGUUGAUGAAGAGGCCCUGAGGAAGAAGCUCACUGACGAGCUGUUUAAAAGCUUGGAGCAGGAUAGGGCAAAGGCAGAGCAAGAGCUGCAGGCCUGGGUUGAGGCGGAGAAGGCGCGGGCAGCAGCCCAGGCUCAGGAUGACGCCCAGUCCAUGGUGCAGGCUGAAGUGUCCAGGAUCCUGUCUGUGGAGCGGGCCGCAGGCCAGGAGAGCAUCCAGCAGGCUGUGAUAAGAGAGAGGAUCGCCACCGAGGACGACAAGCUCCGCGCUCAACUCUAUGAGAUUGGACGGAAGGCCAAGCAGCUGGGGGCCAGAGAAGCAGACCUAAACAAGCAGGAUGCUUUCUACAGAGGACAGGUGGCUCGGCUGGAGGAGAGGAGUGCUGACUUCUACAAGGUCACCACAGAGAACUAUUACAAAGCUGCCGACCAAGUGAAUGCCAAGUUCAAGCGGUAUGAGGCAUAUCCUGUGUGUGCAGACCUGCAGGGCCAGAUCCUCGCAUGCUACAAGGACAACGUCGGAAAAACCCUGAACUGCUCCAACAUAGCGGCACUCUACCUACAGUGUGUCAACAACACCAAACAGAACAAGUUGAGGACCGGGGGUUAAGGUAGCGAGUGGAAGAAAGAGAGAGCAAUGAAGAGUUUAUCGUGUGGGAUUACUGAUUAUCGACCGACUGACUAACAGACCAAACCGGAGUGGAGGAAGGAGUGAGUCAGCACCAAGACACACACCCUCAGAACCCGCGUGGAGAACCAAACCCGGAUCAGACGACAGGCACCGAGCACAGCACCCUGAUAGAGAAAUAGACAUGUUUUCCCCUCCAUUCUUCCCCCACUUCCCCACCUCUCUUACCUUUUGUCUAUCUCUCCUGUGAGUGUGUAGCGAGGCAGGGACACAGUCUGCCAUUUUGGAGACAGAGCAGGGACUGACAGGACCCUGCAGGCCUGAGUUUGGCCCACUAGAAGGACAGUAAAUAUGAACCGGACAAAAACCACAAAGAAAGCAAGCCGCCACUUGGACCCAUCCCCUCUCACCUCGACACUGUUAGGAAAAUAAAAGUCUAUUUUUACGAGUAAAAGUCAGUCUUAUUUUGUUGUCCAUACUUGAUUGUUGUCCUGCUCCUAAUGCACUAUCCCAGUAAACAAAUACACAUGUACCCAUCUGUUUCGUCUUUGCAUCUGUUCGUGCGAGAUUGAGUUGUUAAUAAUGUAACUAUCUGCGUGUUGAGUAUUCAUACAGACCAACGCUUGUGACAAUGUGUGAUCAGAGGAAAUAAAAGACGAAACAAUGCA